GAUUAUUGUGUCGGUGGAGUUAUGGGGUGACCGAUUGGCCAAUAAGCAUGUUUCGUUUUGGACUGACAAUUUGAGUGUGGUUUAUGCUGUCAACAGCUUGUCUUCCUCUUCCCUCCCGGUUCUAUCUUUGCUUCGUCAUCUCGUCCUUCGGUGCCUCGAAUGUAAUAUCUAUUUUAGGGCUCGUCACGUUCCAGGAGUUGAUAACAAGAUUGCUGAUGCUCUCUCCCGUUUUCGUUGGCAGGAUUUCAGGUCCUUUCUUCCGGGAGCGGAUUUGGAGGGCAGGACGUGCCCGUCGUACCUGUGGGACCUGGUGGACAGGAGCUGAUGUCGUUGGUCCGAUCAUCGAUUUCCCCGGCUACUUGGCAGGCCCAUGGUCCUGGGCGUCCGGCCGUGUGGAUUCUCGGCCAUUCGUAUGUGUUCUGGGCGGCCCAGAGAGCCGAUUGCCGGCCCGGUGGGAGAUCCCUCGGCUUCCGUGAGGUGGAUGUGUCCUGGAGAGGAAUCCGUGGGUUGCGAUGGACUCAGCUCCUGUCCCAAGUGGUCGACAUUGGUUUGCAGGCCAGUGGCCCGGUGAUUCUGGUUUUACAUGCAGGGGGUAACGAUAUAGGUUCUGUGCCCCUGGUGGAAUUGUUGGCCCUCAUUAGGUCGGAUUUGGAGCGUUUCCCUUCAUUUUUCCGUGAGGUGGUCCUGGUGUGGUCCGAGGUUGUCCCUCGGGUGGUAUGGCAGGGUGGGGAGGCGGUGGAGAGGUGUAGGAGGACGAUUAAUGCCCGUAUCUCCCGUUUUGUUCGGUCCCGGGGUGGUGUGGUGGUCAGACACCGGCAGCUGGAGGGCGAUAAUCGCUCAUUGAUGAGGCCUGACGGGGUGCAUCUGACGGAUAUCGGCUUGGAUAUUUUCCUUUCAGGUCUUCAGGAUGGGGUGGAGCAGGCCAUGUUUUUGUUGGGUGGUGAGAUGCUACUUGAUACAACACAAGAAACCUCAGAGAUUGGCUGGUCAACCCACCCAGACGGAGGGUGGGAUGAAGUCAGUGUUUUAGAUGGCCAGCGACGCCUACUGCGUACCUAUGAAGUCUGCAACUCGUAUGCUCAGCGCUCCAACCAGAGUAACUGGCUGCGCACAGGAUACAUUCCAAGCCGUGGUGCUCGACGUGUAUAUGUCAAAUUACGUUUUUCAGUACGAGACUGUGCCAGCCUGCGGCCACCACCAUCUCGCCGUCACCUGGCUUGCAGAGAAACAUUUACCCUGUUUUAUCGCCAAGUGGAUAGUGCUAUGGAAGCCGAGGAAUGGGAAUGGUCAGAAGAGUCUUGGAUAAAAGUUGAUACCAUUGGAGCUGGUAAAAGCUUCACACGAGAACCUGGAAAAGGAGGGCAGGGUCCUCGGAUGGAUGAGAGAACUAUAGACUUUGGACCAAUAAAUAAAAAUGGAUUUCACUUGGCUUUUGUGGAUUCAGGGGCUUGUCUAUCUUUGGCUGGAGUAAAAGUUUAUUUUAAUAAGUGCCCCGCUACUGUCAGGAGCCUGGCAUCCUUCCCUGAGACCCCAUCAAGUGGAGAAGGAGGGGCAUCGCUAGCAGAAGCCAUAGGUAACUGUGUAAUUGGUGCUCAUCUUCUGGGUACCACAAGGCUCAGUCUACAUUGCGGGGGAGAGGGCGAGUGGAUGGUGUCAAGUGGAAGCUGUGCCUGUAACCCAGGAAGAGAAGAAAAUGAAAAAGGAACUGAAUGUUGGGCAUGCCCACCUGGGACUUACAGUCCUCUGGAUGCAGCGGCUGCUCACUGCCAUGUCUGCCCAGCCAACAGCAACACGACGACUUCAGGGGCCUUUAGCUGCGUCUGUAAUAAGGGAUUUUACCGCAUCGCGGAGGAACCUCCGGAGUCCCAGUGCACUGGACCCCCGUCAGCCCCCUGGGACCUGAAUUAUGAGGUCACCGGUCCUGGAUCCGUAUCUCUGACUUGGAGGUCCCCGAAAGACAUGGGGGGUCGCCCGGAGCUGGUGUACUCGGUGGCGUGUAAGGAGUGUGUGACCGGGCGCUGCCUCCGCUGCGGAGAUGGGGUGACAUUCAGACCUGGACAGGUGGGGCUCACCCAGACUCGGGUGCAGCUGGCAGGACUUCUGCCCGGGGUGGUCUAUGCUCUAGAGGUGCAGGCAACCAACCGGGUGUCGGAGAUGAGCGUCGAACAGCCCAAGUACGCGUCGCUGAACGUCAGCAUCAGCCAAUCAGUCCCAUCUGCCGUUCCCAUCAUUCACCAGGUGAGCCGGUCCAUGCAGAGCAUCACCUUAACCUGGCCGGAGCCAGAACAGCCCAACGGGAAGAUUCUGGAUUAUCAGCUGCGUUACCGUGAAAAGGCUGAUGAGGGCGAGUCUCUCUCUCUAAUCAGUGAAACGAACACGGCAACAGUCGGUGGACUCAACCCGGGGGCAAUUUAUUCCUUCCAGGUGAGAGCCAGAACAGAGCGGGGCUACGGAGCCUACAGCGGCAACAUGUACUUCCAGACCCUGCUGGGAGGUGGAGAGAAAUCUGAAUUAUCCCAAGACAAACUGCCUCUCAUAGUUGGGUCCUGCCUUGGGGCUUUGGCCUUCAUUGGUCUCUCCAUCCUCCUGGUCCUGAUACUUCUCUUUAAAAGUAAAAGACGAGAGACUCCGUACACUGACCGACUGCAGCAUUAUAUCAGCUCCAGAGGUUUAGGAGUGAAAUAUUACAUUGAUCCAUCCACAUAUGAGGAUCCUACAGAAGCAGUGCGGGAAUUCGCUCGAGAGAUUGAUGUGUCUUUUGUGAAGAUAGAAGAGGUGACUGGAGCAGGAGAUUUCGGCGAUGUUUGCCGCGGUCGUUUAUGCCUCCCUGGAAAGCGAGACACAGCAGUGUGUAUACGAACCCUACGCUCAGGGAGCAGUGACAAAGAGCGGGGGGACUUCCUCAGCGAGGCGAGCAUCAUGGGACAGUUUGACCAUCCCAACGUGGUGCGUCUAGAAGGUGCCGUGACUCGCAGCCGCCCCAUCAUGAUCCUCACAGAAUACAUGGAGAAUGGAGCCCUGGAUGCAUACCUCAGGCAGUGUGAGGGUGGUCUGUCCACCCUACAGAUGGUCUCAAUGCUCCGUGGUGUGGCAUCUGGCAUGCGAUAUCUGUCAGACAGAAGUUACAUCCACAAAAAUCUUGCAGCUCGCAGUAUCUUGGUGAAUGGACAGUUAGUGUGCAAGGUGUCAGGACUACGCGGGCCUUUAGACGUCGGAAGACAGUUUCUACGAUGGAUGGCACCAGAAGCUCAUCAGCAACACAAGUUAUCUAGUGCCAGUGAUGUGUGGAGCUAUGGAAUUGUCAUGUGGGAAGUCACCUCCUAUGGGGAGCGACCCUACUGGGACAUGACCAAUCAAGAAGUAUUAGAUGCCAUAGAGCAGGAGUAUCGCCUCCCCCCUCCCCCGGACUGCCCCACCAUGCUUCACCUCCUCAUGUUGGACUGCUGGCAGCGUGAUCGUUCUCAGAGGCCUCGAUUUGAGCAAAUUGUCAGCUCCUUGGACCGAUUGAUUAGAAAUCCUACUUCCUUGAAAACAGUGGGCGUUUCAAGCAGCAGACCUUCCCAGUCGCUCCUCAGUAACUGUCCCCCGGACUUCCAUUCCCUCUCAUCACCUCACGAAUGGCUGGAAGCGAUAAAGAUGGAACGAUACAAAGAAAACUUCGACAAGGCUGGGUAUACAACACUGGACGCCGUCUCCCGACUGACCGCAGAAGACAUCCAGCUAAUCGGUGUGACACUUUCUGGUCACCAGAAGAAGAUUCUUAGCAGUAUACAGCUCCUGAAGGCUCAUCUACAACCACUGGAGCCGGUGGAAGUCUGAGGAACGGACAGACCUCCGAGACCAAUAGGAAAAGAAAAACAGAUGCCGGAUGAAGGGUGACUCCAGGAUACAGUCAGGAGGCCGUGACGCACACGGACAUAUCCUCAAGGAAUCAAACUUUUCU